GCGAUGUUAUCGUGGAGAGUAACAUGAGUCCGUCAACCAGAAAUUGUGAUAGAGUGGUUAACGCCGUAUCGUUUGACGGGAGUCCUGGAUAUGCCAAGAUUAGGAAACUGGGUGAUGAUGUCGAUAAUUGUCUGUACGUACUAGCAUUAGACCGUUCUGCUUUGGGAACAUUGCACGGGUUCUUUGAGGAGCCAUAUUGGGGACAAGCACAACGUAAAACACAACAAGAAGAUGUGAUUGCGACUAAACAAGGAACACAAGUGACAAAUGAGGAGCAGCGACAACGGCAGGAACAAGAACAAUCGCAAAGUAGCGUGUCCGUACAUUCUCCGGUAUAUGUGGCAUGGGGUACACAGCAAGCAUACUAUAAUUCUCAAUCAAAAACACUAGAGGUUUAUUAUGGCGAAGAAGAAACGGAACUCACUCUCAUCUCGCUAAAGCCUCCAUCCAACUCUUCAACUCCCAAUGCAUCCUACCCUCUUCCAUUUGUCCACACUAUACCACUAACUCCUCAUCAUGUAACGUCGACUCUCGACCUGACGCCUCAACUUCGCUCUUGGCAAAAACGAGUGUCUGAUUUGGCUAAUCUAAAUUGGCGGCCAACCAGUCUUAAACAAUCGCCGCUGGAACAUGGUCUUAUAUCUGGACAUAUAUUAUAUAAAACUUGCUUUCCAGCCGAGUAUAAGGUUUUAAAAUCAAAGGUCAGGCUCUUAAUAAAUGCGAGACAUAGGUGCAGCAUAUUUCUGAAUGACCACUUUGUUGGUGGACACACAGUUUAUUCGAAACGUUUGUGCGUACCUGGAUGUAAGAAUGGACCUGAACUGCUUACCAGUUUUGGAAAGAAAAAAUAUGAUCUGACACAAUUUCUCAAACUACCCAAGAGCGAGGAAGCUAACGUGCUGAUUAUAGUGGUAGAGAACUUGGGAAUCAAUCGACAGAUGGACAUGUUUAAUGAUGCUCGAAACCCACGCGGACUUAUUUCUGCGUCGUUCACCGGUCUCAAGAGCGGCAACAAACCACAGUGGAGUAUUUGUGGUGUAGAUGCAAGAAGGCUAGAUUGUUCAUUUAUCACUAGUGGCAUUCCGGAUGAACAUAAGCGUACUGGUUGGAUAUCGUUACCGUCUCUACCUGAAAGUGGGAUAAACCCAUCAGAUGGUUUAAGUUGGUGGAAAUUUAGUUUUUUGCACCCAGUUUCCUCCAAGCUGCGUUCAGAACUCUCGGCUCCUCUACGAUUAGUACUUUAUGGGUCAUUUACUUCAUAUAUAUUUCUCAACGGUACUCUUAUCGGUAGGUAUUAUGGAAAUGGAGAUUCACCUCAACAUGAUUUCUACUUGAUGGACGGACUGUUGAAACACGAUGAAGAUAAUACGAUUGCGUUGUUGGUAUAUAGUUGGGAGCCGGUGAUAUCGCCCGAUUUGAAGGUUCAAGUUAGAGGGUGGGAAAUUGAUGAUGCGAACAAGAGUGGGAACGUGGCUAGAUUGCGACGAGGAACGGAGGAUGUGGAGAGUGCUAGUAACGGUUGGGUUGUAUGGAAAGCCAGUAUCAAUUUGUGA